AUGCCUCUGCGGUUUGUUGCCCUGAAAUCAUUUGCCAAUAUAUUAUUGUCUUUUGCACUGACUAUAAAACAGGUUGCCGAAGCAUUUAAAUCCCAGCCUCGAAUAGCCGAUUUUCUGUAUUGCUCUGCUGGCGGAAACCAUGCAGAGAACGGGUUUUUUCUCGACCUACAGCCUGCACAGCUUGAUUCUUGCAUGAAGAACAAUUAUUAUUCAACUGCUUAUGCUGCGAAAGCCAUGUUGGAUAUUUGGGUUAAGAAUGAUAAAACUCCAAUAGCUAUCAACGAAACACCGAAAAAGUAUGGCCCAAAUAUCAGGAAGAUUGUCUUUAUAAAUAGCGCCGCGGCGUUUUUGGGGCUGCCUGGGAGUGUCGCCUACACCCCAGACACGCUCCGUUUUGAAGUCCUCCGGCACAACUCUCCAACUACCACUUAUACAAUUCACAUUGCCUUCCCGGCUGACUUCAUAUCCCCUGGGUUCGUGCUUGAACAAGAUACCAAGCCUAACCUCACCAAACGCAUACAAGGAACCAACGUGCCUACUUUUUCGGAACUAGAAAAGAAAUUUCCAUCCUCUGAAAAGGUCGCCCUGGGUAUUAUCGCGCGGGUAGAAAAGGGCGACUUUAUCAUCUGCGAGGAUUCAUUGGCUGCGAGUCUUUUGUUUACCAAUAUGACAGGGUUAAGUCCGAAGAGGGGUUUUGGGAUUGUAGAUUCAUUGAUGACUGUUGUGAUGGGAUGGUUCGUUGUGCCGAUCCUAAGAAGGAGGUGGGAGAGCAUGUGUCGAGAAGACAGUAGUCAUUAA